AUGUUGAAAGUGGUUUCUUCAGCUUGGCGAGAUUCCAAAGAUCGAUUCGUUCCAUUAAAGAAUGUCUUCGUACAAGUAAAUAUUCAUUCAUUUGCUACUGAAGUCUGUAUCAAACAAGUAUUCAUCAAUAGUGAAGAAACAUUAAAUCUGAUAGAAGCAGUUUAUUGUUUUCCUAUUGAAGAACAAGCUGCUAUUUAUAGUUUUGAAGCUAAUUUGGAUGAUGGUCGAAAGAUACAAGCUCAAAUUAAAGAGAAGAAAACAGCACAACGUGAAUAUUUUAAGGUAUUAAAACAAGAGCAUGAAGCAUUUUUACUUGAACAAGAUGAAAAAUCAAAUGAUAUUUUUACCAUUAGCGUUGGUUCUCUUAAACCACAGUCAAAGUGUAAAAUUGAAAUUCAUUAUGUACAAGAACUUGAAUCAAUCAAUGAUGGCCAACGUGCACAAUUUGUUUUACCAACAACAAUUGCAUCUUGA